UAAUUAAGCUGCCACCUCCUCCUCGGCCGGCCCUCCCUCGCUGGGUCCCACUCUGCUGCCUCCUUCGCUGCCCGCCAAGCAGUGGCCAUCGGAGGGUACCGACCCCCAGCACUCCCAGCCCUGCCAACGCCUCCUGCUCAGUUCCCGGGCACGCCUGCUCCAUGGCCCCCGAGAUGGACCAGUUCUACAGGUCCACCAUGGCCAUCUACAAGAGCAUCCUGGAGCAGUUCAACCCCGCCCUGGAGAACCUGGUGUACCUGGGGAACAACUACCUCCGGGCCUUCCACGCUCUGUCUGAGGCGGCCGAGGUGUACUUCAACGCCAUCCAGAAGAUUGGGGAGCAGGCCCUGCAGAGCUCCACCUCGCAGAUUCUGGGUGAGAUCUUGGUGCAGAUGUCCGACACCCAGCGGCACUUGAACUCUGACCUGGAGGUGGUGGUGCAGACAUUCCAUGGAGACCUCCUGCAGCACAUAGAGAAGAACACCAAGCUGGACAUGCAGUUCAUCAGAGACAGCCGCCAGCACUACGAGAUGGAGUACCGCCACCGAGCUGCCAGCCUGGAGAAGAGCAUGUCCCAGCUGUGGCGAAUGGAGCGCAAGAGGGACAAGAACGCUCGGGAGAUGAAGGAGAGUGUGAACCGGCUGCACGCGCAGAUGCAGGCCUUCGUGUCUGAGAGUCAGCGGGCCGCUGAACUGGAGGAGAAGCGGCGCUACCGCUUCCUGGCCGAGAAGCACCUGCUGCUUUCCAACACCUUCCUGCAGUUUUUUGGCCGGGCCCGGGGGAUGCUCCAGAACCGCGUGCUGCUGUGGAAGGAGCAGUCGGAGGCCAGCCGCAGCCCGUCGCGCGCCCACUCCCCGGGCCUGCUGGGCCCCGUGCUGGGGCCGCCCUACCCCUCGGGCCGCCUGACGCCCACCCGCCUGGACAUGCCCCAGAGGGCCCUGGGAGAGUUCGGCUCCCCCCGCAGCCGGCACGGCUCCGGCUCCUACGGCCCCGAGCCCGCCGAGGCGAGGUCCGCGUCCCAGCUGGAGCCAGACCACCGCCGGUCCCUGCCCCGGACGCCGUCCGCCUCCUCGCUCUACAGCAGCAGCACCCAGCGCUCGCGCUCCAACUCCUUCGGCGAGCGCCCGGGCGGUGGGGGCGGUGGGGGCGGCGGCGGCGGCGGCGCCCGGAGAGUCCGCGCCCUGGUCUCGCACUCGGAGGGCGCCAACCACACGCUGCUGCGCUUCUCGGCCGGAGACGUCGUGGAGGUGCUGGUGCCUGAAGCCCAGAACGGCUGGCUCUAUGGCAAGCUGGAGGGCUCAUCCUCAAGCGGCUGGUUCCCUGAGGCCUAUGUGAAGCCUUUGGAAGAGCUGCCCAUGAAUCCCAUGAACCCCAGGAGCCCUGUGAAUGAGCUGCCUUCCAGGUCCUACCCGCUCCGGGGUAGCCACAGUCUUGAUGACCUCCUGGACCGGCCGGGCAACUCCACAGCAUCUUCGGACUACUGGGAUGGCCAGUCCCGCUCCCGAACCCCAAGCCGCGUCCCGAGUCGCACCCCCAGCCCUGCGCCUACACCCUCGUCCAGCAGCCGCCGGAGUAGUGUGGGCAGCAUGGGGGUGGCCAGUGACGCCAAGAAACUUGCGUCCUGGGAGCAGCAACCCCCAGAGCUCUUCCCUCGGGGUACGAACCCCUUUGCUACUGUAAAACUGCGUCCUACCGUCACCAAUGACCGCUCGGCGCCCCUCAUCCGCUGAGGCGCCUUCCUCCACCUGGAGUCUGAGGUCGUCCCCGCCACCCACACCUGCCCAGCUUGCCUGGAGCUGGCGGCAGCGGAAGCAGCAGGAGUGGAUCCAAGGAGCCGGGGUCCUGGUACCGGAGGGUGCCCCUCCCCAAACCACACCCCAGCCUGAGCAGUUCCAGGGGCACUGGCCUAGGAUCUAGGCCCUUCAAACGGAAGCAGGCGGAAUUAGGGAGCAGAACCAUUUCUUCCCCCCUAGGGACUCUGGACUCUCCCCAGGGGCCUACCUUGUGCCCCCUCAAACUCUUCCCCCCUCUCUGUCCCAGUGGGGCGAAGCCCCUUGCAUACCCCCUCUCCCACCCCACAUAGCUCCCUGUUUAACUUUUGUAAAUGGUGAGAAAUAAAGCAAGUACAACACAUCA